ACCCUAAUAAUAAUACGAGUCUGAGCUUGAUCCAAAACUUCUCCUAAACCCUAAUUUUCUUCCUUCCUCUCCAAGAUACUCCAUUAGAUCAAUGAGCAAGAAACGGAGUCGAGUUGUGUGGUCCUCGAGUCUUGGAGACACAGGUCUGUUCAACAACAUACAGCCCAUAGAAACUCCGGCAGCCGUUUCAAGACCAAAGCCGAAGCAAUGGGAGCGGCCUCGCCGGAGCAUUCUGACGUUGGGGUCACCGCUGAAGGACUCGAACCAUGAUGGAUCUGACAUUGACGAAAGCUUUGGAGUGUUUCUUCAGUCUUGUUUCUGCUGCAGAAGGAAGAUUAGUCCAAAGGAUGAUGUCUUCAUGUCUGGGUGCGUAUAUAUGCGUUACCUGCGCGCAUUUUGCUCCAAGUCAUGCCGAACCACACACAUUGCUCUGGAGGAGGCCGAGCAAGACGCGGCUUCCCGACCAACACAAGCCACUGACUGCCUCACCUCCAUUUAAAAAUUUUAAUACUUGACUCAAACUGUGUAGAGAAAGAGAAGAAGCUGCAUGUAAAGCAGGGCAUAGAGCUUUGUAUUUUUUAUUCUUUUGGAUUUACAGGGUAAGGGCUCUCAUAUGGCUGUAUCUGCAAAUCGAUAAAGCACUGAUCUUCAUGAGAUGUUCAUAUAGUUGUGAUGAUGGUACUUUCCUUGUAUUACUACCAAUGCGUUUUAAUUUGUUUUACUUCUCCACCCACAUUCAAUAUUAUCGUCU